UGUGGCUCUCCCACAGGUAAGAGGAGGCCCACAGUUGCAAGGUUACUGAUAAACUGUGGCGCAGAGAGACAGAAGGAUCCAGGGUUAAAGCUUAUUUUAAUGCUGUUUUGUGGCUCCACGCUGUGAUAACGGAGAGAUGAGACUCACACCUGGCUGCCGCUGAACACCUGAAGCCUCCGUCAUGAAUUUUACAGACGAGCAACAGCUUGUCAAUUUCCUGCUGCUACAUAUGAACAAGGACAAAACCCGGCAUCUAUAGACCGCGGGGCGUCAACAUGCUAGAAAGGGGCUUCAGCAAGGGCGAUCAAAGGCAGGGAACGCCAAAUGGUGAGAAACCAGCGGACGGCAGGAGAUGUCGGUGGUCGCAGCGCCACUUCUUCUUCAUUAUUCUGGUGUUUGGGGCAAUUUUCUUUUUCUAUAGCACAGACAUGAAUACAAUAGCACCCAACUGGAACCCCAAAUUGUGGAUGCAAAAUUCCUCGCCAACAUGGUGGAGUCGAUUUAAAGGUGAAAAUGAAGUCUCACAGAUCAACGUUGAUACCAGUGGUAGCAGAUCUGCAGCUGAGCCAGUUGAUGCUGCUGCUGCCAGUUUAUCCACAUCAACACAGGAGGCAAACACGACUGCACAAAGCCUCAUUUCUGCUGCAUCAGUGGUGCCAAUACCGAUUCCUUACGUUUCUCCUGGACCCUACGUGGUGGAGUACCCUUACGAGUACCACUUCACCAUAAAUGAGCCUCAGAAAUGCGAGCAGGAGAAGCCGUUCGUGGUCCUCAUGGUUCCCGUGGCGCCUCUCAACCGGCAGCACCGAGACGUCAUCCGGAGCACGUGGGGAAGCGAGAGCUCGGUGUCCGGCCAAGCGGUCAGGCUGUUUUUUAUUUUGGGGCUGCAGGCCGGAGACGAGCAGCUAAAGGAUCAGCUGCUGCAGGAGAGCAAAGAGCAUCACGACCUGCUCCAGGCCGACUUCCUCGACUGCUACAAGAACCUCACCAUCAAGACCAUGGUGACGCUGGAGUGGCUGAACGCUCACUGCUCCGGCGCCUCGUAUGCCAUGAAGGUCGACUCGGAUGUGUUUCUAAAUGUGCCCAAGCUGGUCAGCAUGCUCCUGAACGCUCCAACGACCAACUACAUGACCGGACUGGUGGCGGUAGGAGCUCAAGUCCUGAGAGAUCCUUCAUCCAAGUGGUUCCUCCCUCAGGAGCUUUACCCUCAGUCCAACUAUCCUCCCUAUGCUCUGGGUCUGGGCUACGUUUUGUCUUUGGACCUCCCUAAGAAGCUGAUAGAAGCUUCCAGGCAUGUGAAACCUGUUUACAUUGAAGAUGUGUUUUUGGGAUUGUGCAUGCAGCACCUGGGCAUCUCUCCGACCAGCUCGCCCAACUGGAACGACUUCAAUGUGUUUCCUGUGCCAUACAGCCGCUGUGCUUAUUCUAAGAUAGUGGCGACCACUACUCAUCCGGGCACUGAUCUAGUUUGGGUUUGGAAUGACUUUAAGAAACCGGGGCCAUACUGCUGAAAAACCACUUAAUUUAAAGAAGUAAUAUAUUAAAAAGAACCAUGGCUGAAUUUUCUCAGCACUGCUUACCUCAUUUAUACUAUUUUUGUAUGAUGUUUACCUUUAUGGUUGUAGGAAAUAUCUGUUUCCUGCCUCCUUUUAAAUUUGAAAUGUUAAACAGAACACAAAGCGGAUGGUUUUCUGUCACACUUUUUGCAGUAGGGAACAAAAAUAAAUAUUAUUCCAGCCAUCAAAUGCAAUUUAUUGUUUUAUUACAGCUGCUGAGUAAAGUGCAAACUACAACAUCACUUUUAAGGGAACUUUUGUUUUUCCACUUUUUGCUGUCAAAACACAUAAUCAGUGGAUUAGGUGUCAACAAUUAAACUAAAUGCCAACUAUUUUUAUUAUCAAUUGGGUUUUUUUAAAAAGGAAAAGAUCUAAAAUCUCACUUUCGGCUUUUAAAUGUGAAUAGUAACCAUUUUUAAAAUUCCUCUAUGAUAAUAAAUUAAAUAUUGUUGGGUUGCACACAACACAAAACGUUUUAUUACGUCAUCAUGGGCUUUAGGAAACAGUGAUAAACCUUUCUCACCAUUUUCCGACAUCUUAUCAACCAAACAACAAAUGAUUAAUUGAGAAAAUAAGUGACAGAUUCCUCGACAAAGGAAAUAGCACAUUGAAAACGUUAAAGAUGAGAUGCUACAUGCAUAAAUGUAGUUUUCACAUACAUCGCUCAAUUUUGAGAUUAAAUUUUGCAUUUUUCUUCCAGACUAGUAGAAAGCAACCCAGUUAGGUGUUUAUUUCACAACAUGUUGUGUAUUUGUGUCUGUGGAGUUCAGUUACAGUACACCAUUUUAAUAUGUUUAAUUGAGCUUUGGUCAUACUCUAAACCAAAAAUCGCCACUUUAGUUGCACUUAAAUACACACCAGAGUUUCCUGUUUUAUUCCGUUCUGAAUCCUAAGCAUAAAAUAUGGCUUAGAAUCAUCGAGAAAAUGUAUUUUUAUCUUGCUGUGGACGGUAUUUUCUGAUUUAUGGCAUGAUAAAAAUAGAUAUCUUUGUGAGAACCUUUGACCCUAAUGUCUGAAGCUGGCUUUAUCCAGUGUUCAAAUACCCUUUUUGGGAAUUUAUGCAAAUCACAGCACUUUUAGACAGACACUUGCAUAUUUUCAAGUAAAAUUUCAGAAAACUUGUGACAAAAAAUCUUUCUCUUAAUGUAUGUAGUCAGUUGUGGAAGCUUUAUUUUAAUAUCUUAAAAUUAAAUUCUUUAAAGUGUUCACCAGUAGUGCCCCCUCUUAAAUGAAACUUUACUGUUUGAAUGGAGCAAUACUUUAACUGCAUUUAUAGACCACACAACUGAUUCAACAAUCAAGACAGUAAUGGACAGAUUAACGGAGUUCCACCCUGAGUCAGUAAUAACAGAUACAUUUCUAGAGGACUGUAUUUAGCUUUUAUUCCUUAUUUUUCCAAUUAAUAAGAGUAUAAAUAAUUUGAAGAGAUAUAAAGAAGCCGCUGCUGCCUGUUUUAAGCACUUGUUUGUGUUUCUGUUUUGUUUUCUGGUGGUUGGCAUCAAGAACCUUUGUUUUUCUCAGAUUAUGUGGUUAAAGUGAUUGUUUUUGGUACUAAUGUCUUAUUAAGAGAAGCCAAACUCAAUUUGACUUCCUUGUAGUUACACCACUGAUGUCGAAAUUGCAGUUUUUUUUCUAAAAUAGAGGAUUACUCACUGGAAGCUGAGAGGAUAAAAUAUCUUUUCCUCUCAUUGUUCACUAUAAAUGGGAAUUUAUGAGUUUCUCAGGCCAGGAGUUGGAUGAGUUUCAUUCAAAGUAAUGUCACAAAUAAAAAUGCAGUCACACCCUGCUGUAA